AUGCGGUUCAUGUUGAACGUGGACAAAUCUCUGUUCGUGGACUUCCAGAAGGCGGGCGACCGUUAUGACUUUACGGGCACUUUGAUAGUGGUGCCGGAUGUGGGGGCCCUAGCCUUGCCGGGGGGCCGUACGCAGAUCCGCUCCAAGCACCAGCGCCCCGACGAGGCCGAAGGUGUGAGAGGACUGAAGGCGCUCGGCGUUCGCGAUUUGCACUAUCGACCGGCCUUUUUGGCGUGCGGCACGCAGCCGACCAAUCCGAGAUUCGGCGGCAUCGAGAUGCCUAUGGGCGAGAUGACAGCCGAGAUCAUGAAGCAACAGAUGACCGACGGCGAGUGGAAGCACAUGUACGAAAUGUCGCACGACAAGAACCUCUACCACAACAUGAUCAACAGCCUCUUCCCCAGCAUCCAUGGCAACGACGAAGUGAAAAAGGGCAUUUUGCUGAUGCUGUUCGGCGGCGUGUCCAAAACGACCAUCGAGGGCACUUCGCUCAGAGGCGACAUCAACUGGCGUGCCACAUUCCUGGAUAACUUCAACGACAUGUCAAUAUCACCUUCCAACGUGUCGAUGACAUGUUUGGGAUCAUUUUUAUAUCAUGAUCAAGUCUCGGAAGUAUCCCUUAUCUAG